UUCCUUGUGCGGGCAGAACCUUCCCAGUUGCCCUGGAAACGCCUUUUCCGUACAACAUGGCCGCGCCCGCUGACUCGCGUUUCUCCCGCCAGCCCACACAGUUGCUCCCAGAGGGAAGGCGUCCGGGACCCCAGUCCAGAUAGGUGCCGUUCUCCGGAAGCAAGUUUGGAAGGUGGCGUGCACGUCUGUGACGGGGACCAGGAAAGAAAUGUCUGUGGUGCUGCAGUUGUCACCUGGAUGGUUAUUGGAUCAUCUUUCUUUCAUUAACAAGAUUAACUAUCAACUUUAUCGACAUCCCACACCUUGUUGCAGUAAAAAUGAACCAGCUUCUAGUUUCCUUGACUCUCCUCAUGUGAAUUCUGUGCCCUCUUGUGGGUCCUCUUCUAAGUUUAUUGCUAUUGACUCUACCACUAAGCAAGAGAAUGAGGAUGGAGGAAAUUGUGAAAUGCCCAAACAAAAAUAUGUUUUUCGAGCUGAACUGUUUGAUGUCCCCAAACCUUAUAUUACAUCCACAGUUGACAAAGAAUCCCAACAAAGUAUUGAAAAGGAAGAGCUAAUGAAUAGUGUUAAAAAAGAAAUGUCCACUUCCAGUAUACGAAAGAAACGUAAAAGAUGUAUUGAUUUCAAUCAAGGUGAACUGGAUGCGAUGGAAUACCAUACCAAGGUCAGGGAAGUGAUUAUGGAUGGGUCAUCACAGUUAAUUCAAGAAGGUCUCAAAAGUGGCUUCCUUCAUCCAUUUUCUGAAAAAGAAGACAAAUGUAAAAAACCCAUUACUUUACCACUCGAUACGUGCAGUUUGUCAGAUUUAUGUGAAAUGGCAAAACAUUUGCCUUCCCUGAAUGAAAUGGAACUUCAGACAUUACAAUUGAUGGAAAAUAAUACUUCGUUCACAGAGCAGGAUUUAUUUUCACGGGUUGUUGAAAAUAAUUCUACCUUUACAAAAAUGAUUACUUUAAUGGGACAGCAGUACUUGUUGCCACCAAGAAGCAGUUUUCUUUUGUCUGACAUUUCUUGUAUGCAUCCACUUUUGAACUGUAGGAAAACAUAUGAUGUCAUUGUGAUAGACCCACCAUGGCAAAACAAGUCAGUUAAAAGAAGUAAUAGAUACAGUUAUUUAUCUUAUCUGCAAAUUAAACAACUCCCCAUCUCUAAGCUGGCUGCUCCAAAUUGUCUGGUUAUCACUUGGGUCACCAAUAGACAGAAGAUCCUCCGCUUUGUAAAGGAAGAACUUUAUCCUUGUUGGUCUGUGGCCGUAGUUGCAGAAUGGCACUGGGUAAAAAUUACCAAUUCAGGAGAAUUUGUGUUCCCGUUAGAUUCUCUGCACAAAAAGCCUUAUGAAGGGCUUAUAAUUGGGAGAGUUCAAGACAAAUCUGCUUCACCAGAAAGGAAUGCAGAUGAAAAAGUGCUUCCUGUUCCAGACCACAAGUUAAUUGUCAGUGUGCCCUGUACUCUUCAUUCACAUAAGCCACCUCUUGCUGAGGUUCUGAAAGAUUAUAUGAAGCCAAAUGGGCAGUGUUUGGAAUUGUUUGCUCGAAAUUUACAGCCGGGUUGGACUAGCUGGGGCAAUGAAGUUCUCAAAUUUCAACAUGUGGAUUAUUUUGUUGCUCUGGAAUCUGGAAGCUGACUGUGGUCUUGAACUAGUGAUUUUCUCUAGGUUUUCCUUAUCUUUUCCUACUUCAUUAUAAUUGAUGUUACCCAUUGUUAUAAACGAACACACUUAAACAUGUCAAUAGGACUUGGAAUUUUAGCAAAAUGGUUAGAAAUGACUAAGCUUUUUAUAAUUUGGAGAUUCAUUUUACUUUGGUUGUACUAGUAUUGGACAUUUAUUGUUUUAGACACUACAAAUAAGGACAAAGGUGGCAAGUGUACAUUACUGGAAAAGUUGAGAGCAUGUCA